AUGCUGCCACCUUAUGAGCUAAUGUCACUGAAUACGACAGAACAAGUGGACAUUCUUGCAAUGAUCACAAGUGAGAGCCUAGUGAAGAAUGCAAUGAUACAGCUAAAAAAAAAAGAAAACACGACAUCGCUUCUAAAUCUGCAUGUUAACAUCAAACUUAAAAAAGUGGUAAGUGAUGUGUUGAGGAGUGAUAAGAGGACAAAAAAUACUCAAAAUAAUGUGACGAAAUACAUUAAAACGUGUAAGGCUAACAUUCCACCACGUAAUUCACGGUCAGAAGCUCUGGUCAUGUCCUCGAGUGAGAAGUGGAAAAAAUGGGUAAUGCUGGCCGACAUCCAAACAAAUCACGGCCCAACACAGUCGAUAAUUCUUGCUAGUGGAGGAGAAAUGAAAAGAAUGGAAGGCGACGCGUCUCCACGAGCGCUGAUGGAUCUAACCAACCAACAACUGAGUGGCAAGCAAACAUCGGGGGGUGGGACAGUGCGGCCAGGGCGGGGUAUACAAGUUAACCUGCGGGAGCUCGCAGUCGUGCGAGCGAGUGUUGCAAACCCCUCCCCUUCGCCACUUACAGUUGAUGCACUACAUGCAAUUAUAAUGCAUUUUUACAAAACUAGGAGGGGACGAGAUACACCAUUCAAGAGGUAUCCACUAGAGUAGCGACAUGAGUAAUGCUAAGCUUUGCAGCUUCAACAUAUUACAUUUAUC